CCCCCCUGUGCCCUAUUCAGACCUUCUCCUCCCUUUCCUUUCCACGUGGUUGUAGAUGGCCGCGCCCGCAACCUGCCUGCAAGAGCUUUGCGUGCUGUAGGGCAUCGUGAAUUGUCCCCUAACGGGAACGGCAGUCCCCAGCCAUGGCUGAAGGGGGCGCUGGUGGGAACCAGCCUCCGCGGGAACACCCCCACAGCCUUCAGGGCUUGCUGCAGAUGGCGGUCACGGCAGGAAGCGCUGAGCCGGCUUCAUUGGAGCCCAUGUCUGAGGAGCGGAGGCAGUGGCUGCAGGAGGUGAUGGUAGAAGCCUUCAGGGGUCAGCAGAAUGAGAUAGAACAGAUGAAGGAGUGUUUGCGGGUGCUGGAGGCAGAGACCCCCCGAACCGGAAGCCAAGAGAGUCUGGAAGAAACCCUCUCAGACCGGACAAACAGAGAAGAGGCAUUGGAUCUUCUGGCAGAGUUGUGUGAAAACUUGGAUAAUGCUGCGGAUUUCUGCAAACUGGAAGGGAUGCGACUUCUGGCCCACCGCUACUUGGAGCACGAGGAAGGGGAGCUGCGCUGGCGGGCUGCCCACCUGGUGGGCACCUGUGCCCAAAAUGUGCCUAAGGUGCAGGAGCAAGCCUUGGCGCUGGGCUGCAUGAGGAAGCUUUUGCGGCUGUUGGACCACGAUCCCAGCGAGGCCGUCCGGAUUAAAGCGCUCUUCGCCAUCUCCUGCUUGGUGCGAGCUCAAGAAGCCGGCUUGCUGCAGUUCCUGCGCCUGGACGGGUUCUCGGUUCUCAUGCGGGCCAUGCAGAGCAACGUGCAAAAGCUAAAAGUGAAAUCCGCCUUUCUGUUGCAGAACCUUCUGGUCGAUCACCCGGAGCAGAAAGAAACUCUCUGUUCGAUGGGAAUGGUCCAGCAGCUGGUGGCCCUGAUUCGGACGGAACACAGCACUUUCCACGAACACGUCUUGGGAGCCUUGUGCAGCCUGGUGACAGAUUUUCCUCAGGGGGUUCAGGAGUGUCAACAGCCGGAUCUGGCGCUUGAGGAACUGUUAAAGGAGCGGUGCCAGCUACUGAAGGAACAGGAAGAGUUUCAGGAGGAACUGGAUUUCUGCGAGACUUUGCUACGCCUCUGCUUCCAAAGCCAACCUGAUGAAAACAGCAUGGACCGGUAACUUGGCUUCCCAGAUCCCCCGUUUUGACGCUGUUGGAAGUCCUCGCUUGCACUUGGAGCCGUUUCAGUUGGACACACUUGAUGGAAACGCCCGUGUUUAUCCUACGUUCGCUGGAGAACAGGCGGGAGGAACAGAAGACAUCUCCGUAACAGGAGACGUCGCUGGUGAACUGAACCGUCGGCAGGAAGACACUUGCAUAAGCGGUGGCUGUGUAACAUCCUCUUCCUCGCCCUCUAGCGCUGUUCUUUUGCCACCCUCCUGCCUUUUCUGUCCUCGCCCUCACAGUUACAAAUAGGUAGCUGAACACCCACAGUUGGGAAGUGAAAUCCCCCAUGUUUAAUUGGUCAAUGAAGCCUGUUUCCUACAGAUAUGUGUCUUUGUCCAAAAAAUGAGGUGCUUAUCGAGGUGGGGAGGGGACUGUUUGCAUUUUUUUUUUGUUUCCUUUAUCUGAUCUGAAGUUACCGGUGGCACAAGCAGGUGCGCAUUAACUGCUCCACAGGUAAACGUGCCGAACUGCUGCUUUCAAGGCGUGCCUAGAGGGAGCCUUGCUCCUAAGUGGAAAGGCUUCGGAGAAUGUCAGUGCGAAGGAUCCAAGUGUCCUUUUGUGGCUACAAGUUUCUGAGACCACGGGGCUUGGGAUCUGUUAUUUUCCAAGCCGGAGCACGCAAGAUGGACAAUGUCCCCUCGUUGACUUCUUUCCGAUGGAUGUACGCUGGCAGCUUCCACCUUUCCCGCUGUUCUGUUCUGCUGUGCUGUUGCUGUGUUUGCUUACGCCUUGCUUUUAAAAAGGCCAAAAAACCAAAACAAAACACA